AUGAUCCCCCCUCUGCUGAAGUUAUUAAUAUCUAUAGCUAAGGAAGAACAACUUAGGCGAUAUCCAGGAGGGUUAUCAGUAGGUGGCCGGAAUCAUGAGGAAGAUUCCGAUGAUGAGCCGGAGCCACCGCCCGCGUUUGAGAUAAAUCUCCCCCUUGUCGUCCCUGAAGAAUGUCGGCGUCCAAAGACCUCUAGAGAAGUAGUAGGGAGAAAGAUAUUGACAAAAGAAGGUGAGUAUAAAUAUGAGAUGUUCCAUGAUUCCGAUCACGAGAAAGGCCGUAAUUCUCAGUCUCGUGAGGAAAUUGAAAGGAGAGAAGGAUUGUUGAAGAGGCCCAUGAUAUACAAGAGUGAUGAUAGUAGUGAUGAUGAUGAAGAUACUGAUACUGAUGAGGAAAGAACACCUAUUCAAUGUGUUAAUACUCUGAAUUUUGGCCGGUCCCGGAAUAAAGGAAUUGUGAUUAGAGAAGGCGGUGUUUGUGAUAAUUCGAAGCGAAAACAUCCCGGGAAAUCAGUGAAAAUGCCUGUGGAAUACGAUUUCUGGGCUAAUGAUGAUAGGAAGAAGAAAUUGGAGAAUAAUGACGAUCAAGAAACAGGGGACCCUGAAGAAACAGAGCAGAGGAAGAAGAAGAAUAAGAAGAGGAAGGUCAUCAAGAAGGAUUACGAGGAGAGUGGGUUACUGAUGAAGAAGAAGAAGGAGAAAAGAUCACACAUAGAUCGUCGGAAUCUUGGGGUCCCGCGAGAAUUACCAGAAGAAGUGAUGGAGAAAAUUCGCGAAAAAGCGCGAGCUGGAGGAGCAGGGGAUGAUGAUGAUUUGAAGCUUAUUUUGGUAACAGAGAAGAAUCUAACAAAGAGUGACAUCGACAAGAACCAGAAUCGCUUUUCUGUUCCGAAAUCAAAGCUAAGAAACAAGUUCCUUACUGAGCCAGAAGAUCUAUAUCUCAAAGAACAUCUGAAAGGGAAUAGUGGAGAAGAAGAAGAAGAAGAAGAUGCCAAUUCGGCUGAAAACAACAAAUCAAAUCAUACCAAUUUUUUCACUGUGCCAAUAAUUGAGCCAUCCGAUACAGUAGCAGAUAUAUCACUGAGACGUUGGAACGUGGGAACAAGCAGCAAACCAUACAUACUGAAUGGAAAUUGGAACCAGAUAGUCAAGACAAAUUCGCUCCGAAUCGGGUUAAGAGUCCAGUUAUGGUCGUUUCGGAUCCUGGGGAAGCUGAAUUUGGCCUUUGCUAUUUUUCGUGAUGAUGAAGAAGGACAAGGAGGAUCAGCUAAUUGCCAAAGGAAUGUAGAAAAUGUGGUAUCAACAUCACAAGCUGCUGCUGCAACUUCAAUUAGCCCUGAUCGUGGUGAUGAUCAUCAUCGGAGUGAUCAAGAUAAUAACAACAGUGAAGACAGAGAUGAUGAUGAUCAUAGAGAUGAAAACAGGAUUCAGGGUUCGAAUUCAGGAGUUUCAGAUGAAACUUCCACUGAUAAUCAUCAACCUGAGGAGGGCAAAUAA